GAGAACGAGGGGAGGCAUACAUCGCAGUUUGCAGCAGUAUCUUGUGUGAGUUUUGCCUGAAGAAGAAUGCAGUGUGUGGUAUUCAGACUCAACCCAGCUGGAGUACCUGCGCGCUGAUCCCAGACUGGAGGUGUGAGCGGCUGAGGAAUGCAGGGGCUUCGUCACCAGAGACAAAGCUGAUCCCAGCGCGCGGGGAUGGCGUCCCCUCGGCUCAGGGGCAUUGCUGGGGAGGUGCAGAGGCUGCAAGAUGAGCAGGAGGCUGUCCAGAAGCGGACUUUCACUAAGUGGAUUAAUUCACACUUGGCCAAGCACACUCCCCCGCUGGUGAUGACAGACCUGUUUGAGGACAUCAGAGAUGGCGUGAGGCUGCUGGCCCUGCUGGAAGUGCUGUCUGGACAGAAGCUGCGAUGUGAACAGGGCCGGCGCCUGCAGAGGAUCCACUGGGUUGCUAAUGUCCGCACAGCGCUCAACUUCCUGGAGGGCAGAUGGUCUGUCUACAGAGGAUCCCCGGUGAAGUUGGUCAAUAUAAAUGUCACGGACGUUGUUGAUGGGCGGCCGUCCAUCGUGCUGGGUCUGGUGUGGACGAUCAUCCUCUACUUCCAGUUUGAGGAGCUGACCAGCGGCCUGUCGGCUCUGCAGGGUCAAUUGGGUAGCAGCUCCUCAUUGGACAGUUCCAACAGUGCAGACACCACCAGCCCAUCAAUCAAGAGAAAGCCCCGCCUCUCAUUCCAAGGCGGUGCCAGAAGAGCUCUGCUGAAAUGGGUCCAAUGCACAGUAACCACGGCAACCAAACGAAGGGGCCUGGAAGUGAAUGACUUUGGUCCAAGCUGGCGUUCCGGAGUGGCGUUCCUCACCCUCAUCUCCGCACUGAGGCCAGAACUGGUCAACAUGGAACAGGUCUACAGGAGGGGACACCGGGAGAACCUUCAGGAGGCCUUCUCAUUGGCUGAGAGGGAGCUGGGGAUCCCACGGCUACUCGACCCUGAAGACGUGGAUGUGGAUAAGCCCGAUGAGAAGUCUAUCAUGACCUAUGUGGCUCAGUUCCUGAGAAAGCUGCCUAACCCUCUUGGACAGCAACAGGAUGAGGAGGAUCUGGUGCGGGAGGAGGGGGAGUGGCGUCGUGCGGCAGAGUCGAACAGCACACUGACACGACGGCAACAGGAAGCUCAAGCCCAGCUGGAGAGGACCCUAAAGCUGGCCAAUGCCUGCCUGUCUGAAAAGGGCCCUCCUGACCAACUACACCGGAAACACACGGAGUUCUUUGCUCGAUUGGACCAGCAUGUGCUGAAUGUGUUUCUCAAAGCAUGUGAUGACCUCACUGACAUCCUGCCUGAAAAUGAGCAACAUGCUUUACAGGAGACUGUCAGGGAGCUCCACAAGCAGUGGAAGGACGUCCAGGCAGAGGCUCCGCUGCACCUGCUGCAUCUGAGGGUGGAGUCCGAGCGGCGCAGGCUGAUGACAUCACUGCAGAAGUGCAGGGAGGAGCUGGACAGCAAUAGAGGAAGCCAUGAGCACAGGGGCCAGGAGCUUGUGUGUGUGUGUGAGGUGCGACUGCAGGCCAUAGAGGAGCUUUGCCAGAAGCUUCCAGAGGGGGACGCCGCCCAACAGGUCUUGAGAGAAUCUCGGAGUGCCCUGGCUGAGGUCAAAGGUCGUCUGGAUCACAUGGACACAUGGAGUGAGAGGCAAAGUGUCAUGGCCCAGGUGGCCAAGGAGUGUGUGUCGCAGGAGGAUGUGUGUGUGUUGGUAGACGCGUGUGUGUCACAGGAGGAUGUGUGUGUGUUGGUAGACGUGUGUGUGUCGCAGGAGGAGGAUGUGUGUGUGUUGGUAGACGCGUGUGUAUCGCAGGAGGAUGUGUGUGUGUUGGUAGACGCGUGUGUGUCGCAGGAGGAUGUUCCUAAGGAGCAGCAGGACGUGGAGACCAGCAGGAGGGUCAGUUCGGAGUCCAGCAGGAGGGUCAGUGCGGAGUCCAGCAGGAGGGUCAGUGCGGAGUCCAGCAGGAGGGUCAGUGCGGAGUCCAGCAGGAGGGUCAGUGCAGAGACCAGGCAGCUACUCCUUGUUCACCAGGUGAAGGACUCAAUGCAGCAGAUGAAGCUCAAACUGCAGCAGCAGAUUCAGCUGACACCCCUGUGUGCCUCCCCUUCCGAUACACACACCGCCCUACAGGAGGUCAUUGAUGGGAAGCAGAGCUCGGGGCAGCUGGCGUCCAGGCUGGAGGCCCUCUCUGUGGGCCAGAGUGGGCAGGCUGAGAGGGGCGAGCUGGAGCCGCUGGAGGUCAACCUCAGGGAGCACCAGCAGGGGGCAGCAGAGACGCUCACCAUUCUGGAGCACCAGCAGGGGGCAGCAGAGACGCUCACCAUUCUGGAGGAGCUGAUGGCUGCAUGGUGCAGAGGGGAGGGCUCUAGUCGGAUGCUGAACCUUCUGCAGGAACAUCAGACCCUGAAGUACAACCUUAGAACCAUCCUGCAGACUGCUGAGAACCUCACUGCAGGCUACACGGAACCACAGAACCGAGAGGAUAUCAGGAGAACCCUCUCACAGCACGGCGCAGUGACAGAGAGGAUGGUCAGUGCCCAAGAGGAGCUUGACCUCCUCUGCUCUAGGGGCCGACUCUUGCAGAUGGAACUGACCAAAGUGUCAGGCCACCAAGCCCAGGAUGUUACAGCAGACACCAAUGCUGUUGUGGAACGCUGGUCAAAGGUCUUUGAGAUAAUUGAUGGCAAUGUGGAGCGCUUGACCCAGACGCUGGUGUUGUGGGAUGACGUUGUGCAGAUUGAGCAGAGCAUUGGGCAGUGGUGCUCAUCCUCUCUCCCCGUGCUCUGUGGUGGACUCGUCAGCCUGGAAGACAUGCAGAGCACAGAGAAGCACCUGUCCGCAUUUAAGCUAGAGAUAGAUGCCAUGGAUGUGCAGCUGGCUUCUCUACAUGAACAACUCACCAAACUCUCCCAGAGAAGAAACAACCAGGAAGUACCCGCUGAGCUGCAGCAGGUGGAGGAGGGCCUGAGGAGGAAGCUGUGUCAGGCACAUGCGGCGUACGCGCGCAUCAGCAGAUCCCUGGAAGACUACAGCUCACAGAAGCAGCAGCUGGAGGACUUCAUCUCCCAAGGUGCACUGCGUCUUAAGAACGUGGAGGACAAGGUUUCAGACCUGCUUCUGGUAUCAAACCCUGAGAACAUCAGCAGACUGAAGGAAAUUAAAGGGGACCUCAGUCAGCAGCAGCUUUCUCUGGAUGAGGCGCAGGCCAAACUGAGUAUGCUCCAUAGGUCUCACCCCUCCCAGGAGCUGGGCCACCUCAGUGAAGAGCUGACUGACCUGGUCAGAAGAAGGGACAUGGCCGCCCUGCGCUGCUCACGUGCCUCCAGCGACCUGCAGGGGGAGCUACAGCUACACAUCUCUGAGAUCACACAGGAUUUUCACCGCUGGCUAACUGAGCAGAAGGAUAACAUUAAAGACCUCUCGGACCAAUCAGAGGCCAGAGUCAAAGGCUGCCCUGACCAAUCAGAGGCCUGGGUCCUUAUGGCAGACAGGUUACAGGAGCUGAAGGGGGCACUAGAGUGCCUGCGCGUGGGUGAGGAGCGCCUGGGCUCCGUGUGUGAAGAGGGGGGGAUGUUGCUGCUCCAUCUGCCCCCCUCAGCCGCGGGGCACGUGGAGGAGCAGCUGCUCUCCUGCCGCAGGGCCUGGGCUGCCUUUGUGGAGGAGAGCCAGCAGAGCCUGCAGAGCCUGGAGCACAGCGCCGCCCUACAGCACAGGGUGGAAGUGUGUGUGGAGGGUCUAGGUUUCUGGCUGCAGCAGAUGGAACAGAAGCUGGAGUGGGAGGAGCUUCCAGAGGGAGAGAGAGAGCAGGAGAGACUGGAGCAGCUCCACACACAACUACUGCUGAGGAGGCCGUCUCUGGAGCGUGUGUGUGUGGAUGCGGAGGUGCUGGCUGAUGGUGGUUGGCCGUGGGGGCAGCAGGCGUGUGUGUGUGUGCAGAGGCGGCUCCAUGCGGUGCUGGAGGGGGUGAGCACACGGCGCCGUGGCUGCCUAGAGGGCCUGCUGCUGGGGCAGCAGAUCAGAGGCAUCAGGGUCUGGAUCCAGCAGCUACGCAACACUCUACACACACACCAGGGCACGCAGGGUAGCAGGACACAACUGCAGGAGAGACUGCAAAGAGUGCAGGAGGUGCUGUUGCUGAAGGGAGAGGGGGAGGUGCGCAUCAACAUGGUGGUGGGUCGGGGGGGUGUGGCCAGCCGCAGCUGUGGAGACGCCGCACAGAAAGUGAUGUUGGCUGCCAUACAGGAAGUGGAAGACGAGUGGGCGGGGCUCCUCAUAUCUGCCAUGAGGCAACACAGCCGUCUGGAGCGAGCGCUGUGGCUGUGGGCGGAACAUGAGCGUUGCCGUGGUGAUCAGGAGGCGUGGCUGCAGGCGGCGGAGGUGGCGAGGGGGGUGGAGCCACAGGCCGGGCUGAGGGAGAAGCAGCAGCAGAGGGAAAAAGUGCGCCUCCUGGUGACCCAGCUGGAGCAGCGCAGGGAGGCGCUCACACACCUGGAGCAGGGCUCCGCCCAGCUCUAUGACAUCACCAGAGACCCAGCCUUUAGCCCUGCCUCCCAAGCCUGCCUCAAGGCGAGGUUUGAUGAUGUCAGAACGGCUGCUGACGAGAGCUUGAGACUGGCAGGUGUCAUGGUGACAGAACAUCAGCAGUACCUUGAAGCUGUGAGAGAGCUGUCUGAUUGGCUGCUGGCAGGAGGGGAGGAGCUUCAGCGCUGGUCUGAUUUAUCUGGAGACUCCGCCUCCUUAGAGAAGAGGCUGGAAGAAGUGCGGGCGCUGCUGCUGCGGGGAGUGUGUGAGGGCCGAGAGGCUCUGCGGACGCUGAGGUUCUGGUCAGAUCUCGCCGGACGCCACACGGCUGCUCGGGGCUGCGAGGCCAUGGAGGCCGAGGGAGGGGUUCUGGCCCGCGCUCUGGACCAAUGGGAGGGGGCGGCGCUGCGGACGCGAGACGAGCUGCAGAUCGCCAUGGCGGCGGCCAGCGAGCGCGAAAGUGAGAGGCAUCGUCGUGGCGACGGGCUGCAGCACGAUGCGGAGCGCUUGGAGGAGCAGCUGCUCGGCUGGAGGGAGGAGCUUAGCCGUGCCGAGAGGAAGAACAACAGCACACAGGCCGUGGAGGGAUGGACCGUCGCUACGGACAUUCUGGAGCUGCUUCAUGCGUCCGAGCCCAUGGCAGACAGGCUGAAGGAGCAGCUGGACGCUCUGGCUCGUUGUUCUGGUCCGGCAGACGUGCGGCCGCAGCUGGAGUGGGUCAGUGCCAUCAUCAAGCAGCACAACAGCCUAAGUCUGCGUGCGUCCAGAGAGUGCCAGAGCAAGCAGAAGCUUCUGGACCAGCGGUUCCGCUCGGCUCUGAGGGACUUCCAGCAGUGGCUGGUGAACGCGCAAAUCAGCACGGCCAGAUGCUUCGACGCCCCGCUGAACGUACAUGAGGCCACCACCAGUCUACAGAAAAUAGAGGAGUUCCUGAAUGAAGAGGAGCAGGCCCAGACCCGACUAAACACUGUGCUCACGUGCGGAGAGCACCUGGGCCAGGUGCUGGGGGCCGAUGAGACGCAGGUGGUCAGGGAGAAGGUGACCAAAGCCAGAGACGACUGGGAGAGCCUGAUGACAGAACUACAGAGCAGAGAGACAGCCUUACAGACCCUCCAAUCACAGAUGGAGGAUUUUGAGGCAAGACUUGAGCCUCUUCAACAUUGGCUGAAAGACACUGAGAUCACUGUGCAGGAGAGCACCGCCCGCCUUCAUGACAUCCCCGGCAAAAGACAGGAGCUCUGCAAACUACAGGCUGUGCUGAAGGAACUAACAUCUCGGGAGGCGGGGCUUACACAACUGCGGGGGCAGGCCUAUGAGCUGUGGGAGGGGCAAGCAGCUGGGAGGGACUUCAUGCACAGGGUCUCUCAGCUGAUUGGUCAGUACCUGGCGCUUAGCAACCUCAUUAAGGAGAAGCUGUCUCGUAUGGAGCGGGUUCUAGCAGAACACCAGCUGUUCUCUGAGGGUCUGGUGCAGCUGCAGCUCUGGGUAGCCGACGCCCACAGAACCCUGCAGGAGUGUUCCGGCCCCGCCCCCAAUAAGAGCCUACUGCUGCACAGGAUGGGUCUGUUGGAGGAGCUGGUGUGUGUGUGUGCGGUGAAGGAGGUGGAGCUGAAGAUGCUGAUCACCAGGGGAGAGUGUGUGCAGAGGAGCUUCCCAGCCGACGUGCGCAAACACAUCCAGGACCUCAAGGACUCCUGGGACGCCCUCCAGACUCACUGCAUCACCUGCAAGAGUGACCUGGAGGGGGCGCUGUGCCAGUGGACGAGCUACCAGGAGGACGUGGGGCUGUUCAUCAGCUGGCUGGAGCGUGUGGAGGGGAACCUGGUCCAGUCGAGCCGCCAGCACCCAGAGAUGAGGGACAAGACAGGGACCCUGAGCAGGGCUAAGCUCCUGUAUGAGGAGGUGUUGAGCCACUGUCGCCCCCUGGAGGCCAUCACCUGUAAAGCAUCCAGACUGUCAGAGUGCAGCCGCUCCCCUGCAGAGGUGCAGAGACUGAGCGAGCGCUAUGGAGCCAUCAAACACAAGGCCAAGUGUGCUGUGGAGAGGGCGGAGGAGUUGGUUCUGGCCCAUCAGGAGUACCAGCGGGCGCUGCACCAGUUUGAGGAUUGGUUGGAGCAGCAGCAGGAGCGCCUGGGUCAGCUGACCUCACACACACACACACACUCCACCGGGGAGCUCGCUGUCCUGGAGAACACACUCAAGGAGCUACAGGAGCUGCGCUGUGUCUGCUCUGAGGGGCCGGUGCUGUUGAGUGCGGUUCUGUCGUGUCGUGAGCGGGUGGUUCCGUGGGGCAUUCCCCAGAUCGAGAGCCGGGCCCUGGAGGCGGCGUGUGUGGAGUGGGAGGGGUACCAGGCCCGGCUGGGCCAGGCGCGGGUCACGUUGGACGGGACGGUGGGCAGGGUGCGUCAGCUGGACCUCCGGUUCCGCAGCCUGGACGAGUGGCUGGACGAGAUGGACGUCACGGCAACUGUGCGGAACCACCGCCGCUCCGAUCGCCACACUAAAGAACGCCACCUGCAGCAGCUCCAGCGCUGUCAGGCGGAGGCUCUGCGGUACCAGAGUGAGGUGGAUGGGCUCAGCAUUCUGGUCCAGGAGGUUCUGCAGGAGAACCACGUCAGCAGUCAGCUGACCAACAGAACCUCACAGCUCUGUGGACGCUACCACACACUACAGCUGAAACUCAUGGGGAGUAUCCAGCAGCUGCAGGAGGAGAUAUGCAGUAUAGAGGACGCUCACUGUACAGCAGGAGCCUUCUCUGAUUGGCUGACCACUGCCCAGAGGAACUUUGGUGCAAUUACAUCAACCAAUGAGGGUCAUGAUAUUGUUGCUAUGGAGAAUAAGCUAAAAAGACUGGAGGCCCUGCAGGCGGAGCUGCAGCAGGGUCAUGGGAUCCUGAAAAGUCUGCGUGAGCAGGCUGAGGCGGCGGCCUCCUUCCUGGACUCCAGCGGUGCGGAGCGGCUGGAGGGGGAGGUGGAGGAGCGGCUGUCCCAGCUGGAGCAGCUCUCGGUGGGGCUGCGUACCAAACGUAGCGCCCUGGAGAGGAGCCUGAAGCUCCACACAGAGUUCCAGGACCGUCUGAAGGCCCAGGUGCAGUGGCUAGAGGAGACCAGGGUGUUCCUUAGUGCACCUGUGGAGCCUAAAGCUGAACUGUACCAGCGCAAAGCCCAUCUAGCCAAGUACAAGGCGGUCCAGCAUGCACUGCAGUGUCGGGGGCUGGCGAUUCAGAGCGUGGUGGAGAGAGGCGAGAAUCUGACCGUGGUGGAGCGGGGGGACAGUCUGCACUCUGGAGCUCAGCACUCCUCCAUCAAAGACAGCCUGGAGAAGCUGCAGGAAGACUAUACUGACUUAUGUACUACUGCCACAGCCCUCACUCAGAAGCUGGAGGUGCAGGUGCUGGAGCAGGAAGGCUACCUGCGGGCGCUGCAGGAAGUGGAAUGCUGGCUGCUGCAGACGUCCAGCAGGAUGGUGACCCCUGACCCCUCCAAGGGGCGGAGUCUCGACUUGGCCACCCAGCAGCUGGCUCGACACAAGGCCAUCAUGGAGGAGAUAGCGGCCUUUGAGGAGCGCCUGUCGGGGCUGCAGCGUUGCGGCGAGACACUCGUGAGCACGUGUGGAGGUGGGCGGCUACGGCAGCAGGUGCAAACUCACCUGCAGGGAGCAAGAGACAGCUACUCUGCCAUCUGCAGCACUGCACAGCGGGUGUAUCAGUGUCUGGACAGUGAGCUGCAGAAGCACAUGAGUGAGCAGGACGCGCUGCUGCAGUGCCAGUCGUGGGUCAGAGCUGUCCAGGCCGAGCUGCAGACCACUGCACCGACACCUGCCAGCCUGCAGGGGGCGCUCUCACAGGUGCAGCAGCACAAGGCUCUGGAGGAGCAGGCAGGCACCUACCUGCAGAUGGUGUGCUCCAGCUGUGACCUUUCUGAUGAGGCCGUGAGGGAGACUGCCACCAAGAUCCAGCGCGUCAGACUGCAGGUGGAGGAGAGGCUGCGGGGCUCCCAGCGGGUGGUGGACGAGUGGAGGGAGGUGGGGGAGCAGCGGGAUGAGCUGGACUCUCGUCUGCGGGACACGGAGCGGCGCCUGCACAGCCUCGCACGCAGCCCAGCCCAGCUGGAGCCCAGAACCGCCCGCAACCUGCUAGACCAGGCCCAGGCCUUCAUCCAGGAGCUGGAGCAGCAGCAGGGGGAGCUGAGGCACCUGAGGCAGACACUGUGCCGGCUGGCAGGGCAACAGGGGCAGGAGGACUGGGAGGUGGAGGUGGAGGUGGAGGAGGAGGUGGGGGGGCUGGAGGUGGGGGGGCUGUGGCGAGCCUGGCUGGGUCUGGGUCGGCGCGCUGGGGAGGUCAUGGAGCAGCGGCAGCAGGAUGUCCAGCGGGCGGCGGAGUAUCAGCAGAGCAGCGCCGCACUGGACCAGCUCUUCCAGCAGGUGUCCAGAGAGUGGGACUACCUGGCCAGGGCAGACACUGAAAGCACCUCGGAGCACCUGAGCGGCCUGAAGAAGCUGUUCGCUGACCUGCAGGACCAGAGAGGCCUGCUGGAGGACCUGAGAGAGAGCAGGCAUGCCAUCGUGCCCCGCCUCAGCCCGGAGGAUCGGGACCUGGUCAAAGAGCACGUGGAACACCUGGAGAACCGCUGGGCCCUGCUGGAGAACCUGAUCCAGCAGAAGAUACAGAACUCUGCCUCAGUUCUAAAGGAUUUGGGGCUGGUGGAGGCCCGUCUGCGUGAGGCUCGGGAAUGGGCCCAGGAGAAGCAGCCGUCGCUGGCCGCUGUCGGAACCAGCCCACCGCCCGACGUCGCGCAGAGCUUCCUGUUUGACCACUUGAGUGUGUGCGCUGAGCUGGAGGCCAAGCAGCUGCUGCUGACGCAGGCGGUAGGGGGCGCUGACGAGCUGUCCCCGCGCCUCGGCCUGAGUGAGAGGCGGAGCCUGCAGGCCCUCACGCUACAGGCCCAGGCGGAGGUGGAGGCGCUGGGCGCCGCGGUAACACAGCGUCGGAAACACCUGACCAAAGCCUUCACAGAGCGCACGCAGUUCCUGCAGGCACUGGGCCGGACGGCUAAGUGGGUGAGGCAGCAGGAGGGGAAGGCCCUGAUGGAGGAGCACGUGGCUCUGCUGCCAGACGACAUCUCCAGGCAGGUGGAUGCCUGCAGGGCCGCCCUGAGCAGCCUGAAGGCCCAGCAGGGGGAGCUCUCGAGCCUCUGGGGGCAAGGCCGGGAUCUGGUGAGGGGCAGCACAGACGAGGAGAAAGCAGAGACUCUGGAGAAACUGCAGGAGGUGCAGGGCACCUUUGAGAGGGCCCUCGGCAGGUGCACACAGAAACUGCUGGACCUUGAGAAAGCCCUGGCAACCAGGAAGUACUUCAAGGUGGACUUAGACAAGAUGUGUGAUUGGCUGAGGCAGACAGAGGCGCUCAUGUACCCUCAGAUGGACUGGAAUAUGUGUGAUGCAGAACAACAAUCCCUUAUUACGAAGUACCAAACCAUCCUGGAGCAAGCCUCUGAGUAUGAAAACCUUUUACUUAUUGUCCAAAGGGCAGGGCAAGAGAUACUGCCCACAUUAAAUGAAGUUGACCAUUGCUACCUCGAUGAGAAACUCAACGCCCUGCCCCAGCACUACAAUAGCAUCCUGGUGUCUGCCAAACAGAGACUCGAGAUCGCUCAGCAGACAUUGGCUGAACGGAAAGAGUUUGAUUCUCUGAUGGAGGUGACUGAUGAAGCUGUCAGGAAACUGCAAGGACAAUUUGAAGCCCUGGAGAAGCAGACUGUCAGCUGUUCUGUAGAUAUCAUUCCAGGACUCCAUGGUGACUUCACAGACCUCUUGAAAGGCUGCAGCACUCAGGACAGGACGUUGAAGGAGCUAAAGAGGAAGCGAGAGGAGCUCCUCAGCGUAGGACACCCCUGCAACGCAGAGGCCCUCAAUCACACACUGAGAGUCCACUCUGAGCUGAAGCACCAUCUCAAGCAGAAACUGAAAGACCUCAACCAAAUGCUGACAUGCGCAGGCGAGUACAGCAAGUCAGCGUCAGAUCUGGCAUCUGAGCUAAAGGCUGUAAAAGAGCACAUGAGUGAAUUAGACACCGAGGACCAGACCUCCGACACCUUGAGUCGCUUCCACAGCCUGGCGCAGUCUCUAGCAGCUGCUGAAUGUCAUCUGCAGAGAUUGAGUGACCUCAGCUCUGCCCAGGACCCGCAGCAGCUUAUUAUCUGGCAGGAGGAACUGCUCGGUCUGAAGGGAAGGGUGAGGGAUGGCAUCACUUCCUGUGCGUGUCUCAUUAGAGAUAGUGGUAACUUCCACACAGAGAUAACAAACACCUUGGGCUGGUUAAAGACUGAAAGAGAUGGUCUUCUUUGCUCCAUUAACUUUGAUGAGCUGACAGUUGAGAAGAGUGACCACCAGCUGAAGAAGAUCCUGUUGCUUCAGGAAGAGGUCCAGUCCAAGGUCCAAAUCUUCAAAGCUUUAGCUGACAAGGAAAGACAAAAGCAUAGCAGCCACAAAGAGCAAUCGCCUGCCACUUAUGAGGGCCCUCUUGGAGAAGUUAUGCAGUUGGAGGCCGACAUCCUUCAAGCACUUUCUACAAAACAGUCCAUCCUCGUACAGGCUCAGCCUCUCCUCCAGCAGUGCCACUUUGGCUUGCUCUCUGCCCAGCAGUGGCUGGAGAGGGCUGGAGAGUUCCUGGAUCAGGCCAAGCAGGAAGUGGACCCUGAGGACCUGGAGGAUUGUCUCAGGGAGCUGGAGGACAUUCUUUCCCAGGAGACGGGCCUUGCCGGCGGGCUGGAGAUGCUGCAGGACAUGCCUGCUCAGCUCGAGGGGCUGGAGGGCGCUGCUCUCACACUGAACCUGACAACCAGCAUAUGGAGUGUGUGUCACCAGGGGUCAAAAGUCAAGGAGCAGCUGAAGAGUCAUCAGCAAACCCUGCAGAGGUGUGCUGCUAUGUGGCGCCGCUAUGAGGCACUGAGAGGAGAGAUCAUCAGCAGGAUGGAUGAAGCAGAGAGGGGCAUGGCUGACAUCACCACCAUCUCAGCCGUAAGCCUGCAGGAGGCUCACAGCAAACUGGAGAAGCACAAGUGUCUGGUGGGCACUGUAGGGAGCUGUGAGGGCAGCCUGGCAGCGCUGCGAGAGCAGGCGGGUGAGCUGGCACAGGUUGGCAUCAGUGCCCGUGCUGCCCGCCUGACUGACUGUCUGUGGAAGCGCUGGACUCGGUUGAGCAGUUCAGCGAGAUCCCAGGAGAGAGCGCUAGAGAGCACUGCCCGGGAGUGGAGGAGCUUUGAGGAAAAGGUGCAGAAGGCUCGGUCAGUAGCAAAGGACCUGCAGGGUCGUGUCCCAGAGGGUGCAGCUGAGAAGGCCGCCUCUAGGGCGGCGCUGCAGAGCCUCCUGGACUACCACGAUUGCUUCUGCCUGGAGGUGGAGAGAGAGAGAGCCGGCCUCGUCCUGCUGGGGCAACUGGCCCGUGCCCUGACCCCCUUACCCCCCGAGGCCCAGAAGGGGCAUCAGGAUAUUAGCUGCCUGCAGGAGUGCUAUUGCAGGCUGCUGCAGAGGGCACGUUCGGGCCGUGAGCACGUUCAGGCUGAGCUGGCGCAGCGCGAGCAGCUGGAGAGAGAGAUGAGCCUCGUUAAGGGCCAUGUCCACGACACACGCUCCCUCCUACUCAGCCCCUCCGCCGACCUGGACACACUGCUCAUCCACCUGGAGGCUGCACAUGAGGACGUGCUGUCUCACAGGCAGAAAGUGGAGCAUCUGAGUGAGCAGCAGCAGCUGAAGUACGAGCAGCUUCACACACACCUGCCGCCCGAGAUUAGCACCCAGCUAGCAGAGCUCACACUCACGCUAGCAGCUGCAGAGGACCAGGUUGGUGCUCGUGAGCGGGAGGUGCAGCAGACGCGGGAGCUGAAGGAGGAGCUUACUGAGCGCGCUCAGGAGCUGCAGGACAGACUGACCUCCCUCACCUCCCGACUCACGGACAAGAGCGCCGCCCUGCAGGACGCCACGGAGGAGAACAAGUGUGUGUGUGAGGAGUUGGAGCGGUGCUGCAGUGCCCUGUCGGAGCUGAGGGGGGCGCUAGAGGAGUUUGGGCAGCAGAAUCCCCUCCUGCGUGCUCAGCUGACCGUCCCCAUGGCAACGCUGGACCACGCCCACAGCCGUGCCACCGCACUCGCACAAGACCGCUCAGCUCAGCUACUCAGGGCUGAGGAGUUGAUGGAGGACUACACAGACAUGCGCAGCUUCAUCAUGGGCUGGGUUCAGAAGGCGGAGUCUCUCACCUCAUGCAGCAUCGUGUGGAGCCCCUCAGCACAGCUGCACGAACCAAUCAGGGCACACCAGUCUCUGGUGAGGAAAUGGCCGGAGCUGCAGCAGGAGCUGGAGAUGAUGGGCCAGAGGGUGUCCCAGCUGUCGGACGUGCUGCACACACACACCAUGAGCCAGCAGGUGGCAGCACUGAGCUCACACGCCCAGCAGCUGCAGGAUGCCCUCAGGAACAGACUGGACACCCUGCAAGAUGCUGCAAAGGACGUGGGGCGUCUGGAGGCCAAGGUGAAGACGCUGCGUGGCUGUCUGGAGCAAAUGCAGUCCUCGCUCACCUGUCCAGAGCUGGGCCACGCCAGCCUACGCCAACAGCUGACCAUCAGACAGCACCUCCUGAGUGAGAUGGAGGACUUCAAGCAGCAGGUGGAGGAACUCCAGCAGGACCAGAGCGCCCUCCGGCUGCCAGAGGAGGUAUUGCUCAGCCUGCCACUCUGCCAUACUGCCCACAGCCUCCACGCCGAGGGCAGCCAGUUACAGCACUCCGUCAUUCAGCAGUGCAACAUUCUGCAGGAGGCCGUGCUUCAGCAUGAGCAGUGUGAGCAGGAAGUCAGGCAGCUGCAGAAGCUGGUGGAGGAGGCCCACAGGAUCAUCCAGGACCGGCCCGUCGCCACGGGCAACAUCCAGGAACUCCAGACCCAGAUUCAGCAUCAUGAGGAGCUGGCCCAGCGGAUGCAGGGCUACCAGGAGCAGAUCUCGGCGCUCAACUCCAAGUGCAGGAUGCUGACGGUGAAGGCCAAACACGCCACCAUGCUGCUGACCGUCAGCGAGGCGGGCGGAAUCUCCGAUGGCCUGGAGGAAUUGGACCCGGAAGACGACGAAGAGGAGGAGGAGGAGGAGGAGAUGGCCAGACAUCCAGCCGCACACCCCUCCGUCGUCAUGAUGACUGCAGGCCGCUGUCACACACUGCUGUCUCCAGUCACAGAAGAGUCUGGGGAGGAAGGAACCCCCCCUACCUGCAGAUCCCCCUCACCAGGGGCACAGGGUCCAGGGAAGACCUCCAUGAGCGGAGCUGCUGUGCAAGACAUGUUUGACCCCGUCUCCAUGGAGACCAGCUCAGCCCAUCUGGACGACCUGCAGCGCUCCUGGGACACACUCAAGAACGUGAUCAGUCAGAUGUCUGGUUACCAGGAGGCCCUGCAGUCCGUCUCCACCAAGAUGGAGGCCGUGGAGGCGGAGCUUAGCGAGGGACUCGACCACAACAAGAGCCCCGAGAGCCAGAUGGCCUCACACCAGGCGCUGCUGGAUGAGAUGCUGCUGCUGCAGGAUGAGCUGGGUGCGCUGCAGGACUGUUUCUCUGAGGAGCUGCUCACACACACACACACACACACACCAGAGGAGGAGAUGGGCCAGCAGAGGGCACUACAGUCCACCCUCACCGUGCUGGCCGAACGCAUGGCCACCAUACGCAUGAAGGCAUCCGGCAAACGCCAGCUACUAGAGGAGCGUCUGAGUGAGCAGCUGGAGGAGCAGCGUCAGGAACAAGCUUUGCAGCGUUGCCAUAGCGAGGCGGAGGAGCUGGACCAUUGGCUGCUCAGCACCCGGGCCACGCUAAGCUCCGCCCUGCAGCCACACCCACAAGACAUGGACAUGGAGGAGCAACUGAUUGACUGUCAGAACAUGCUGCUGGAGAUCGAGCAGAAGGUGUCGGGUUUGUCGGAACUCAGCGUUCACAGCGAGAGUCUGCUGCUGGAGGGGCGGAGCCACACGCGUGGGGAGGCGGAGCAACUUAGCCAGCGGCUACAUGGUCUUAAAGCCAGUCUGCUGGAGCUGCAGCGGAUUCUACAAGACAAGCAAAUACACAUCCAGGGGUCACUGCAGGAGCAGGAGGACAGCGAGUCGGACUCCACGCUCUCCCAGAGCCCCAACUUCCAGGACUGGCUGAGUCAACUCCGCAACAGCAGGGGGCAGAAGAGACACGAACACAGCCAGAGACAGAGGGAACUGGAGGAUCAGCUGUUGGAGCAGAAAAAGCUCCUUCAGGCCGUCGCCAGCAGAGGGGAGGAGCUUAUCAUGCAGCAGGCCACACCCACUGAAGACAGCCUAUCAGAGGAGCUGCAGCUGCCCCUGGCUCCGCCCCAGAGGAGUCGCUGGGAGAAGCUGAGGAGAGAGCUGAGCACCAAACUACAGCUGAGUGCAGCCACCCUGCAGCAGGAGCAGCAGCAGCCGACGUACCAGCGCUCCAGAGUGACCAGCCCAGGGGGUGUGUUCAGGGCGGAGCUUCCGGCCCAUGACGGCCCCUCCCCCAGGACGUUGUUCGAGACCUUCAACCAGGCAGGGGGCAGUGGUGCGCAGCUGGCAGGACAGCGGGGGCAGCAGCUAUGUGCUGCUGUGGCGGCCACCUCCAGUUGGCUGGACAGUGCUGAGGCUCAGCUUCUCAGUGGCCCCAUGCUGCUGUCAGACCACAGCGAGGCUCAACUCUGCCACCUUGAGGCGCUGAUGCAGGAGUUGUAUGAGGUGGAGGCGGAGCUGAAGCGCUGCAGGGAGGCUCUGAGUGAAGAGGCGGGACUAGUGGGUGGAGGGGUGGGGCUAGUGGGUGAAGGGGUGGGACUAGUGGAUGAAGGGGCGGGGCUAGCUGGUGAGGCGCUGGAGAUGUUGGAGGAGAGACUCCGUCUCCUGAGCAGCAUGUUGGGACCUCGCUGCCAAGACAUGACGGACAGACUGCAGGAGCUUAGCACCUUCCAGGGGGAGAUGAGGCAGCUGUCCUCUGCCCUCUCAGACAGCAGGAUUGCACUGCAGCAGAAGAUGAUUGGCUCCCUGGAGAGACCCGCCUCCAGACAGAUGGAGAUGGUGUUGGAGGCUGAGGACAGCUUGCGUGAGUUUGACCAGCGUGUCCAGGAGCUCAGGAGUCGAGGAGAGACUCUGCAACCCGACCAAACCUCUGCUCAGGAACUGCUUAAAUUGCAGGACUGCUAUGAGGAGCUGGUUCUGAUGGUGGGGUGUCGGCGUGGCGGGCUGCACCGGGUCCUGGCGCUGAAGGUCCAGUACGAGGUCGCGCUGCAGGACCUGGCCGAGCUGCUGGACACUGCGCAGGACAAGGUGGCGGCCGAGCAGAAGAUGAGCACACGCUCCGUCAUGGAGGUCCAGAUCCUGCUGGACACACACAAGGAGUUCUUCCACUCCCUGGAGGGUCAUGUGGUGCUGACGGAGUCGUGGUUCGGGCGUGUGCGCGGUGUUCUAAGCCACCGGGAGCAGCAGGCGCAUGAGGACACGGUCGGCCAGGCGCGCUCCACACUCACCCAAGCUCACCGCAGGGGCAUGCAGCUGGAGGCUGUCCUGGAGUCGUGGGGGGUGCUGGUGGUGGACUACCAGGCUCUGUGUAGAACUCUGGAGCAGGUGGAGAGCAGCAUCCCCACCACUGGCCUGCUGGAGGAGACGGAGGAGCGACUACACCACCGGAUCAGCCUCUACCAGCGGUUGAAGGGCAGUCUGUCUGAGCAGCAGCAGCAGCUGUACCGGGUGCUGGAUGAGGGGAAGCGGCUGCUGGUCAGUGUGUGUUGCUCUGAGCUGGAGCUGCAGCUCACUCAGCUAGGGGACCACUGGCUCAGCACGUCCACCAAGCUCAACAAGGAGCUGCACCGCCUGGACUCUACGCUGAGGCACUGGACCAGGUACCAGAGUGAGAGUGCUGUGCUGAGUCAGUGGCUGCGUUCCGCUCUGGAACGUCUGGAGUUCUGGAACACCCAGUCGGUCACUGUUCCGCAGGAGCUGGAGACAGUCAGGGAUCACCUCCACGCCUUCCUGGAGUUCUCUAAGGAGGUGGAGGCGCGCUCCUCGCUGUACUCCUCGGUGUUGAGUGUGGGCGGCCAGCUGCUGCGGCUGAAGAAGGUGGACACAGCGGCUCUCAGAGCCCAAAUGGCUCAGGUGGACACGCAGUGGGCAGACCUGCUCACCCGCAUCCCUCUGGUCCAGGAGAAACUGCACCAGCUGCAGAUGGAGAAGCUGCCCUCUCGUCAUGCUAUCACUGAGUUGAUGAGCUGGAUCUCCCUCAUGGAGAACGCUAUCCAGGAGGACCAGCAGUGCAUCAUGGGAGCCGUGGGGUCAGAGGUCAUCCACAACUUCCUGCAGAAGUAUAAGGGUUUCCGUAUAGACCUGACGUGUAAGCAGCUGACGGUGGAUUUUGUGAACCAGUCAGUUCUGCAGAUGAGCAGUCACGACGUGGAGGGGAAGCGCAGCGACAAGACCGACUUUGCAGAACGGCUGGGAGCCAUGAACCGCCGCUGGCAGAUACUGCAGGGCUUCAUCACUGAGAAGAUUCAGGUUUUGGAAGGUCUGUUGGAAAGGUGGGCGGAGCAUGAGAGUGGGGUGCAGACUCUGGGGGCGUGGCUAAACUCUCAGGAGGAGAAACUGAAGAGGAAGCAGAGGCUGGAGGAUGUAGCGUCCGUGCACAACGCACUGAAGGACUGCCAGGACUUGGAGGAGACGCUUCAGGAGAAGGUGAGGGAGCUGGACAAGGCUGAGGAGAGAGGCUGUUUACUGACCAAGGACAAGACAGGGGAUGGCUGUGCGGUCGUUAUGGAAACCCUGAAAGGGCUCAAACAAUCAUGGGCCAGUCUGGAGCAUAUGUUGGGCCAGCUGAAGGGGAGGCUGAGGCUGCUGCUGGACCAGUGGCUGCUGCAUAAGCAGGCGUCUGAUGACAUCACUGGUUACAUCAUAGAGGGACGCUACUCGCUGUCCCGCCUCCGACGACUCAAUGGCUCACUAGACGCCACGCACGCACAGGUGGAGAGUCUGGAGGCCCUGCAGGGGGAGCUGGAGGCCCAGGAGGGCAGUCUGACUCAACUCAGCUCCAGCACCCAGCUGCUGCACACACACAGCGCCACGCUCACACACACACUCACCGACGUCACACUCAGGUGGAACGGUCUGCUGGAGCAGGUCUCUGAGCAGCUCCGGAGUGGUAAGUCUCUGCUGCAGCUGUGGCAGCGCUACCAGGAGCUGCACACACACACACACACCGCGGUCCAGCGGCACGAGGACGCUGCCCAGCGCCUGCUGAAGAACGCCACCGACGGGGACGUCACCGGACAGGAGCUGGACGCAUGGAGGCACAAAUGCUCUGACCUGCUGGCUGAUCAGGAUUCUCUUCAGGCUGCUCUGCAGGAGUUCCAAGAAGUGUCGGAUCAGCUCAGGAAGCAGGUGGAGCCCUGCGCCAUGGCAACCUUCCAAGCCGACCACCUGUCACUCACACAGCGCCUGGCCACGGUGGAGCACGCCCUCUGCAGGCAGCAGUCUGUAUUGCAGGGUGGGGUUCAGGAAGUGGACUCUCUUGUGGAGCAGCUGGAUGCUCUGGAGGAGCUCUGUGAGGAGGCGGAGCUAGUUCUGAAGGAGGCGGAGCCAGAAGUGACCGCAACCCCAACACCAGACAGCAUUCAGGAGCGCAUGGACACACUGAAGGCCCUGCUGUUGCAGCUGAGCGGCUGGUGUCCAGAUCUAGAACGUCUGAACCAGCUGGGGUUCCGUCUCCCGCUGACCGACGUCCACAUCAAACGCAUGCAGAGACUCAACCUGCGCUGGAACACACACACUGCACACACCAUGGAGGAAUACAGUAGGCUGCAGGCGUCCCACCUGCUGCAGCUGGGUUUCCAGGAGAAGUGUGAGGCCUGGAGGGACUUCCUGUCCAGUGCAGAGCAGCGUCUGGCCACCGACAUCUCAGGCAGCCGCCACACACUACUGGAGCAACAGAAGGAGCACGAGCUCUUCCAGGCUGAGAUGUUCAGUCGACAGCAGAUUCUCCACUCCAUCAUCUCUAAUGGACAUGCACUACUGGACCAGGGACAGGUGGAAGACAGGGAGGACUUUGGCCUGAAGUUGGCGCUGUUGAGUCACCAGUGGCAGGCGGUGGUGCGGCGCGCCAUGCAGAGGCGGGGCCUGAUUGACGGCCUGCUGCACCAAUGGGAGCACUACCACCAGCUGCUCGCCAAGCUCCGCCUCCGGCUGCAUCAGGCCGCACUGCAGCCUCCAGAUGACCUACAGGGGGCGCCAGUAGCACUACAACAGGCACGCAACACACUGGACAUCAUACAGCUGAAGGAGCGGCUGCUCCAGCGGCAGCAGGCCAGCUACGUCCUGGUGGUGGAGGCUGGGCGGCAGCUGCUGCUGUCCUGUGACUCGCUGGCGGAAGCCUCUCUGCAGGCCGAGCUCUCUGACGUGCAGGAGCACUGGAGGAGCGCCACCUUGAGGCUGGACGAGAGGAAGAAGGAGCUCAACGCACUGCUGAAGGACUGGGAGCGCUGUGAGAAGGCCAUUGCUGCGUCUCAUGAGAAGCUGCGGUUGUUUAAGAGGAAGCUGAGUGUCCCAAUACCGGACCACCAUGAUGAACUCCACACAGAACAGAUACGCUGCAAGGAGCUGGAGGGGGGGGUAGAGGGUUGGCCGGAGGCGGUGCUUCAGCUGUCUGAGCUGAAGGAAUCCCUGAGUUCCAGACUCCGCCCCCAUGACCUCAGCAUCCUACAGGAACGCCUCGACCUGCUGCACAGCCAAUGGGACGAGAUCUCCCACCAGCUGAGAGUGAGGAGGCAGCAGGUGGGAGAGAAGCUAAAUGAGUGGAUGUUGUUUAAUGAGAAGAACAAGGACUUGUGUGAGUGGCUCACACACAUGGAGAGCAAAGUCUCGCAGAACGCAGACAUCAGCAUCCAGGACAUGAUCGACAAACUACGCAAGGACUACCAUGAGGAGAUCGUGGUGAUGGAGGAGACACGAGGGCAGCUGCUGCAGAUGGGCGAGCGCUUGGCGCGGUCCAGCCACGAGGGCAAAGCCAACGACAUCCACUACAAACUCAGCAAGGUCAACGAGAGAUGGCAACACCUGCUCGACCUGAUGGCCGCCAGGGUGAAGAAGCUGAGGGAGACGCUGGUGGCGGUGCAGCAGCUGGAUAAGAACAUGAGCGUUCUGCGUUCAUGGCUCGCCCACAUUGAGACGGAGCUGUCCAGACCCAUCGUCUACGACACCUGCGACGCUCAGGAGAUCCAACGCAAGCUCAAACAGCAGCAGGAGCUGCAGGGUGACAUCGAGAAGCACAGUACAGGUGUGGCAUCGGUGCUGAACCUGUGUGAGGUGCUGCUGCACGACUGUGACGCGUGUGCUUCGGACACAGAGUGCGAGGCCAUCCAGCAGGCCACCCGCGGCCUGGACCGUCGCUGGAGGAACAUCUGCGCUGUUGCCAUGGAAAGGAGACUGAAGAUUGAGGAGACGUGGCGUCUAUGGCAGAAGUUUCUGGAUGAUUUCGGGCGUUUCGAGGAGUGGCUGAAGGCCUCGGAGCGCUCGGCCGCACUGCCCAACUCCGCCGGAGUCCUCUACACCAUCGCCAAGGAGGAGCAGAAGAAGUUUGAGGCUUUCCAGCGCCAGGUGCAGGAGUGCCUGACUCAGCUGGAGUUGAUCAAUAAGCAGUACCGCCGGCUGGCUCGGGAGAACCGCACCGACGCCUCCUGCCGUCUGCGGGAAAUGGUGCAUGAUGGGAACCGUCGCUGGGACAACCUGCAGAGACGAGUGGCCUCCAUCUUACGCCGCCUCAAGCAUUUCAUCGGUCAGCGGGAGGAGUUUGAGACAAACAGGGACAGCAUCCUGGUGUGGCUCACGGAGAUGGACCUGCAGCUCACCAACAUCGAGCACUUCUCCGAGUGUGACGUCCAGGCCAAGAUUAAACAGCUCCGGGCGUUCCAACAGGAGAUUGGCCUGAACGCGGGCAAGAUGGAGCAGGUGUUCCGUCAGGGGGAGGGGCUACUGAGCCGCAGUGAGCCGCAGGACGCUGAGGUCAUCGAGGACGAGCUGGAGGAGCUACGACGGUACUACCAGGAGGUGACCGGACGCGUCGAGCGAUACUACAGGAGACUCACACGCCUACCGCUGUCGGAGGAGGACUUUGAGGGGUCAGACCGUGAGCUGGAGCUGGAGGAGGGCGUCGACCUCACUGACCUCCAGUGGGAGGAGUCAACUCCGCUGCGUUCCUCCAGCCGACCCCCGUCCGGCCCCGCCCCGCCCCCCCGCACUGACCCCUGUGGCCGAGACACCCCCGCCAGCGUGGACUCUCUCCCUCUGGAGUGGGACCACGACUAUGACCUGGAGCCCAUGGGCCAUACCAUCUCCACAGAGAGGGGGGGGUCCCCGACACACAAGGACCAGCAGACCCUAAUCAGGGAGGGAACUACUGCUCUCACAGACGUGGUGAUUCCGGAGAGCCCAGAGGCCUACAUUAGACUAACUGAGGACACGCUCAGGUCCUCCUCUGCGGAGCCCGGCCAGCUGGAGUCCCAACUGCGGCAGCUGGACCGGUCCCUGGACCCAGUGUGCUACCAACCCCAGCUCACAGAGGGCGCUGUGGUGCGACACGACCCAGAGCUAGACUCCCCCUACAUGGGCUAUAUGAGGUUGAUGGGAGAUUGCCGUGGCAGCAUAAACGCUGUGAAGAAGGCAGAAGAAGAGCUGGAGGAAGAUGAGGAAGACCUGUCUGGACUCACAAACCCCGACAGCACAGAGACGCAGAGCACAGGAGUGAUCAAGAGAUGGGAGCUGCUGCAGGCCCAGGCCAACCUGCAGCCAUGGCAACAGCUGACCUCAGACCUGGAGACCAUGGAGGCAUGGCUAGAUGACGCAGAGGCAGAGCUUAAUCAGCUGAGUGGGCGGGACUUCAGCACAGACAUCCACACCAUCGAGCAGAGAAUAAAAAAGCUCAAGGAGCUGCAGAGAGCUGUGGAUGCCCAUAAGUCCCUGGUGCUGUCCAUCAACUUGAGCAGCGUUGAGCUGGCCCAAUCAGAGAGUGGCACGGGGCGGGACCUGCCGGCCAGGCUGGCGGAGAUGAACGGGCGCUGGGAGAGACUGACCACCUCACUGGAUGAGUGGAGGACCGCGUUGCAGGACGCCUUAAUGCAGUGUCAGGAGUUCCAUGAGCUGAGUCAUGGUCUGCUGCUUUGGCUGGAGAAUAUUGACCGCCGGAGGAACCAGGUUGUUCCCAUCGCCACGGGACUGGACCUCAACACACUCCGCACACACCACCACACACUCACGGAGGUGCAGGUGGAGCUGCAGGCGUCGGAGCAGCGGGUGGUGUGUCUGCAGGAGCUGGUGGAGGUGGGUGGAGGUGGGGGGGAGUGUGUGGAGGCGCGUGAGCGUGUGCACGUGAUUGGGAACCGCCUGCACACACUCCUCAGGGCCGUGACCUCUGACCUUCAGCAGCUGGACGCCCAGAUGGAGGCGGCCGCAGCACAGCAGGGUGCUGUUUCCUGGUCGGUGGUGGAUGAGCCGGAUGCAUCAGCAGACAGCGCCCCCAGCAGUCUGAGAACGCCGUGGGGCAAACGGGGCAAGCGUAGUCCGUCUCCACCUGGAGCUCCGCCCAACCUCCCACACCACAGAUGGCCCGGAGGCUCUGGCUGUGGUUCUUCCCAUUCUGAGCGCUGCUCCUCCCAGGCUGUGGGUGGCGCUGUGGGCCGGCACUGUCAGUCCUUCUUCCUGCGUGUGCUGCGGGCAGCUCUCCCUCUGCAGCUGCUGCUGCUGCUGCUGCUGGCGUUGGCCUGCCUGGUGCCCAUGAGCGAGCAGGACUACAGCUGUCACCAUGCCAACAACUUCGCCCGCUCUUUCCACCCCAUGCUGCGCUACACCAACGGACCGCCUCCCAUCUAAACUCCCCACUGCCCCCCAGAGGCCUGGAGGAGAAGGACAUCUAGCUAUCUACAUAUAUAUAUCUAUCUAUAUCUAUCCAUCUCUCCCUAUCUACCCACCUACCUAUCUACCCACCUAGCUAUCUUUAUCUUUAAUCUUAUUUAUUGCAUUUUUAAAGAUCUCUUGUGGGCUGCUGAGGGACUGCACCCUCAGUAGAGUUUGGUUUGCUGUUUGCCUGACUGUAUGGAGCACUACUGCUAUGCUUUACUGUUGCUAAACAGUAAAGCAUAGCAGUAAACAACAACGCUGCUCUAACCACAUUUGACCCUCCCUGCUUCCCGUAGCACUUGGCAGGUUGGACAGAGUGGAGUGCUGUGGCGCUUGCUUAAAAGCCUGAUAUUAAAGGUGCUCUAAGCGAGUCCAGGCCUGAUAUUAAAGGUGCUCUAAGCGAUGCCACUUACUGCAAACAUCACCUAACCAACCGCUAGCUCUCUGUGUCCUGAAUACACUGUAAAGAAACG